GGGGCGGGGCGGACCUGAGAAGGGGGCGGGGCGGACUCGGAGGGACCGGAGGCAGGGUCUCAGGGUGCGGCCGCGCGAGGUGACCGGGGGCCCGGCUCCCGCGGGAGGCCACGGCGGAGUGGCUGCUGCGGGGCAGGAGAUUAAUACUAAAACUGGAAGUUUGGAUCAAUUGCUGACUAUUGGAAAUUGGAUGUAAUGGCAGCAGAAUUUAUAAAGAGUUGCUGUAGAGGAUGUUUCUAUGGUGGAACAGAAAAGCACAAUUUUUCCAGGGAGAGAGACAUUAAAGCAGUCUCCGAGAGUCAGAUUACACCUGUCUGUGCCCCUCCUUUGACUGCUGUUUCGGUAAAGCCUCAGGUUGGCUGUACUGAGGAUUACUUACUUUCCAAAUUACCAUCUAAUGGCAAAGAAGUACCAUUUGUGGUGCCCAAGUUUAAGCUAUCAUAUGUUCAGCCCAGGGUACAAGGAACUCCUUCACAUCUGGAGGGACUCGAAGGAUCUGCCAGAGCAUCUUUUGGAGAUCGAAAGGUAGAACUUUCCAGUUCAUCCCAGCAUGGAUCCGGCUAUGAUAUAUACAACCCAUGCUAUAGGUAUCAGCACAUUUCACCCGAUUUGAGCCGGCGCCUUCCUCCUCAUUCAGAAGCAGUGAGACUGUAUGGAUCAGUUUGUGAUUUAAGGACCAGCAAACUCCCCAGUUCCCCUGGACUAAGCAAGUCUAUGUUUGAUCUUACAAGUUCAUCUCAGCGGUUCAUGCAGAGACAUGACUCAUGGUCCAGCAUGCCUAGCACUUCUUCUUCAAGGAAAAAUUCCCAGGGCAGUAACAGAAGCCUGGAUACAAUUACUCUGUCAGGAGAUGAAAGAGAUUUUGGGAGAUUGAAUGUGAAAGUGGUUUAUAAUUCUUCAGUAGAGCAGAUCUGGAUCACAGUUUUGCAGUGCAGAGAUUUGAGUUGGCCUUCUAGUUGUGGAGACACUCCUACUAUUUCAAUAAAAGGAACACUAACAUUGCCCAAACCCGUGCAUUUCAAAUCUUCAGCAAAGGAGGGCUCUAAUACUAUUGAAUUUAUGGAAACUUUUGUAUUUGCUAUUAAACUCCAAAGCCUACAAACUGUACGGCUUGUAUUUAAGAUUCAAACCCAGACUCCCAGGAAGAAAACCAUCGGAGAAUGCUCACUCUCACUCAGAACUCUCAGCACACAGGAAAUGGAUUACUCUUUGGAUAUCAUGCCACCUUCAAAAAUUUCUGUUUGCCAUGCAGAACUUCAAUUGGGGACUUGUUUUCAAGCCGUAAAUAGCAGAAUUCAGUUACAAAUUCUCGAGGCACAAUACCUCCCAAGCUCUUCAACACCUCUCACUUUGAGUUUUUUUGUGAAGGUGGGAAUGUUUAGUUCAGGAGAGUUGAUUUAUAAGAAGAAGACACGCUUACUGAAGGCCUCCAAUGGAAGAGUAAAGUGGGGAGAAUCUAUGAUUUUUCCACUUAUACAGAAUGAAAAAGAAAUUCUCUUUCUCAUUAAGCUUUAUAGUCGGAGCUCUGUAAGAAGAAGACACUUUGUGGGGCAGAUUUGGAUAAGCGAAGAUAGUAAUCACGCUGGAGCAGCGAGUCAGUGGAAAGAGACAGUUACAAAUCCAGAAAAGGUUGUUAUCAAGUGGCACAAAUUAAACCCAUCUUGAAGACAUCACAUGUUAAUUUGGUGAAGAACUUGACAUUCUUUUAGAAGACUUACGAAUUUGCUACCAAUAAGAAGAGACAAAUCAAUACAUUUGUCAAUGUAUUUAUGGAGGUCAUAAUUAUAAGUGAUAAUGGAUCUUAUGGAAAAUUAAAUUUGAUAAAAAAUGGGAUGAAUUAUAUCGAAUAUCCAAAGUAAAGGGAAUGUUUUUUAAAACUUGCCAAAAUAGACAGUAAAAUAAAGAGUAGUGUGCUGGGGCAACUAAGUAAGUUAUACAAUCAAUGAGAAUUUCAACCAUAGGUAGUUAUUGCUAUAUUAUGUUUAUGGGUUUUUUUUUAAAUUUACCUAGAUAUUAAAAAUCUAGUAUAUCAAAUCUGUUAGUACUCUUAGAAUGUAGAAGACUUUACUACUGAUUAUUUCAGUCCUAGUCAUUAUUGAUUAGAUCUUGACUCCAGUGUUUACCUCUUGCUAUAUAUUUUCUCUCAGAAAGCAAAAAUGAAUUAAACCGCUUCAACUCUUCUGUA